CGCUGCCGAGUCAACAUCAUUAACAGCCUAGUCAGCAUCCUUAGUACGAAAACCACCUUCAAUUCUUUUUAAAACCACUCUGGGGUGACAUUUAUCUGGUUUUGCAAAGUUCAGGGGGUUAUUUAUCCGGUUUCGGAGUUCAGGGGGGAUUUGGUCCAUCAGGAGAGAUUUCAGGGGGGAGAAAUAUACUUUCUUCCAAACAAAAACCCCUCAAGAAAAGAAGUAAACAAAACAGGCCUAAUGAUGGAAUCCAGACAGAGAACUGACCGCCGGCCAGAUCGAACAACCCACGCCGGCCGCCGCGGAGCUCGGGCAAAAUCCAGCCGUCAGGGAAGUAGGUCCCGCCAGGUCAAGCGACCAACAAACGCGAGGACCACCCGCGGUGCCAGAUCCGUUGGUGUACAUGCGGCCACAACGGGCUCGAGCCGAAGCCUCGAGGCGGCUCGGAGCACCUUCCACGGCAGCGCCGCCACCCCCCCCCCCCCCCCCCCCCCCCCCGGUACCCCUACCACUCACGCUUUCGACGACGAGUUCACUGCGUCGCCACCAACUCGGACCGCUGCCAUGGCCGCAUCGGCCUACCCAAGGCGGCCGGGCACGAGGAGGAAGACCCCGCCGUCACCAUCUACCGAGUGGGCUUUGACCGGCGGCAGUGAGGGAGCAAGACGAAGGAAGGAGCUCGGAGAGUGGCGGCUAGGGUUCGCCAACCAAGUCGCCUAACGAGUCUGAAUAUAUAAGCACACUUUUUAUGUCAAUAAUUGUAAGUUUCAAAGGCAACUAAGCAUUUUUAUCGAUCUUUUUUUUGCGGCAAACGCAUUUCUGUCCAUCGGGUCAAUGGGGGUGAUUAUUGGUGAGCCAAAAUUGUCGACGGAAGCAACGGGGAUGUUGCAGUGGAUUCAUACCAUCUUUACAAGGAAGAUGUGCGCCUCAUGAAAGAUAUGGGAAUGGAUGCAUACAGGUUCUCCAUAUCAUGGACAAGGAUUCUUCCAGAUGGGACUCUGAGAGGUGGAGUGAACAGAGAAGGCGUCGAGUACUACAACAACUUGAUUAAUGAGCUAUUAUCCAGAGGGGUGCAACCAUUUGUGACCCUUUUUCACUGGGAUUCACCUCAGGCAUUAGAAGAUAAAUACGGAGGGUUUCUUAACCCUAAUAUCAUAAACGACUAUAAGGAUUACGCUGAAGUCUGCUUCAGGGAGUUCGGGGACCGAGUGAAGCACUGGAUCACAUUCAAUGAGCCCUGGGCCGUGAGCGUUGCGGGCUAUGCAAUGGGCGUGCUUGCGCCAGGUAGGUGCUCGCCCUGGGAGAUGGGGAAAUGCAGCGCUGGAGAUUCAGCAAGUGAGCCUUACACAGUAUCCCACCAUCAGCUACUCGCCCAUGCGGCGGCCGUCAAAUUAUACAGAAAGAAAUAUAAGGUCGUUCAAAAGGGGAAGAUUGGGAUAACUUUAGUCUCAGCCUGGUUUGUUCCCUUCUCCCAUUCAGACUCUGACAGUGAUGCAGCAAAGCGUGCUAUAGACUUCAUGUUUGGAUGGUUUAUGGACCCCCUAACCAGAGGAGACUACCCACUGAGCAUGAGAAGAAUGGUCAGAGAUCGCUUGCCGCGGUUCACCAAACAACAAUCUAAAUUGGUCAAGGGUGCAUUCGACUUCAUUGGUAUCAACUACUACACUGCAAACUAUGCUGAUAACCUUCCACCAUCAAAUGGCCUCAAGAGCUACAAUACAGAUGCCCGAGCUAAUCUUACCGGUUUUCGAAAUGGUGCCCCCAUAGGUCCUGAGACUGGUUUACCUUGGCUCUACGUCUACCCUCAAGGGUUACGUGAUCUGUUGCUUUAUGUCAAGGAGAAGUAUGGCAAUCCUACCAUCUACAUCACCGAAAAUGGCCUCGGUGAAACCACCACCAACACGAGCCUACCACUCGCGGAAGCACUGAAGGACGAUGCGAGGAUAGAGUACCACCACAUGCACCUUGUUGCCUUGUUGAGUGCGAUCAGGGACGGGGCAAACGUGAAGGGGUACUUCGCAUGGUCGCUGCUGGACAACUUCGAGUGGGCAACUGGGUACACGGUGCGCUUCGGGUUACACUUCGUGGACUAUGAUGAUGGGCGGAAGCGGUACCCCAAGCGCUCUGCUGGCUGGUUCAAGAGGUUCCUCAAGAGAUGAGCUCGUAAAAUUACUAAGUACUCCUGAAGCUAAAGCAGCGACAAAUAAUAUGGAUCAGAGGGAGUAGCAACCAGCAAGAAGAAUGUAGAUGAUUGCGUAGGUUUAUCUGUGUUUUGUUCUGUAAACUGUACCCCAAUGGUUCCUUCACUAUCAGUUUUUUUUGAGAGAGAAACGUUCUGUAUCAGCUGUUUUUAUGUUGUUGUUUUUUAUAAAAAAAAGGCUUUCACCCCGCUUUAUAAA